CACCGCUGCAUAGCCGCGGCGAUGUUCCAGCGCAGGAAGAAGAAGAAGAAGAAGAAGCUGGAGAUUUCGGCGCCGCAGGACUUCCGUCACCACGUGCACACGUCGUUCGACGCCGCUAGCGGGCGCUACGUGGGCCUGCCCCCCCAGUGGCAGAGCGUCAUCGACACGCUGAGGAGGCCACGCCCCCUAGUGGACGCUUCUAGGAUCACACAGCUCCAGAUCUCCAAGACCAUCGUGCGAGGUAGUUUCAUCGGUCACGGUGACUACAUCUCCCACGUCAUCUCCGAGAUGAGCGGCCUAUCCGUGAGCGGCUCCAACUCUCUGCGCCGAAAUAGCCCGUCGGCACGGAAACGGGCGCGUUCGCUGGGCCGGCUGGGCGAGCUGGCCGAGGACCAGUGCUACCAGUACGAGAAGACCGCCGCCGCCGGCGCCACCUACUGGCAGGACCGCAUCCGCCAGGAGAGCACCGCGCUGCACAGAGCCAAGUCCUCCGCAGAGGUGACCACGCCCACUACCGACGAGGCCACGCCCCCGGCAGACGAGGCCACGCCCCCAAGAGAUGCGAGGCUGCAGAGGACGAACGGGACAGGUCCCACGCAUUCAACAGGUUCAGGAGUUCAGGGUUCUACGGGAGGACCGUACGCCCGCAGCGAGGGGGCGGGGCUUAGACAGAGGCCCACUUCCUGUCAGUACAGCCUGCAGACAGACAUCAGACCUCCGCUGAGACUGCCCGACCUGCUGGCAUCCUCCACACAAACUCCCACAAUGCAUCAGUCCUCCUACCGCCUCAAGCUGCCCCCCCCCAACAGCACCAGCAGCCCAAUCAUCACGUCUCGUCCUCAGCGCUCGCUCCGCCCCUCCUCCAGCUUCGACAUCGGACUGUCUCCCAAAGCGCCGGCGGCCCCCCCCACCCCCGCGGCCCCCCCCACGGCCCCCCCGAUGGCCUCCCCCCUGACCCACGAGCAGUUCAAGGCGGCUCUGCGGACCGUGGUGGACCCGUGCGACCCGCGAGCGGCGCUGCAGGACUUCGUGAGGAUCGGCGAGGGCUCCACCGGCGUCGUGUGCCUCGCCACGGAGACGGGCAGCGGGCGCCGCGUGGCGGUGAAGAUGAUGGACUUGAGGAAGCAGCAGCGCCGAGAACUGCUGUUCAACGAGGUGGUGAUCCUGAGGGACUACCGGCACCAGAACGUGGUGGAGAUGUUCGGCAGCGCUGUGGUGGAGGAGGAACUCUGGGUAAUCAUGGAGUACCUGCAGGGAGGAGCUCUCACACACAUCCUCAGCCACACCAGGCUGAGUGAGGAGCAGACAGCGACGGUGUGUGAAGGCGUCCUGCAGGCCUUGUCUUAUCUUCACUCUCAGGGAGUUAUUCACCGGGACAUCAAGAGCGACUCCAUCCUGCUGACACUGGACGGGAGGAUCAAACUAUCAGAUUUUGGGUUCUGCGCUCAGAUCAGUAAAGACGUCCCAAAGAGGAAGUCUCUGGUGGGGACUCCGUACUGGAUGGCUCCGGAAGUUAUCUCCAAAACCCCGUACGGGACCGAGGUACCAACAACCACACACCCUGAAAACACAGCCAGGGGUCCUGCAGGGUCCUAAAUUAGAGUUUAGAUUCUCUGCCCGAGCCCAAACUUGACCGAUAUUUCUCGCCACUAUCCUCGGGCUGGGCCGGGCCUUGAUCAAGCAUGUGUGUUUUUUUAAUCAUGACUUUAUUAUAGCCCUAUUGGGUGGGGAGACAGCUAAAUGCCUCUCCAGCUUCUCCCGUAGCUCUGGGUGUAUGUCCUGUCCUGACCUGAGUGGGAGGUAAAUUGGGCUAAAUUGCGUCUCCCCCAUCUGCAGCACUGUCUUCGAUAAUUGCACAACCAGGCCAGAUAGUCUCAGAUAUCUCACCAGUCCUUCAGCACCAGAUACGGUCUCUCCUAUUAACCUGACUCCACCAGAUGGAUUGCUUCCCAUUUGCUCGGCAUAUCCAUCUGGACCGUUGGAGAACUUUUGGGAAUGGGCGAAAAUCCUGGUUAUCUGAUUGGAUAAACCAUCUGUCUAUUACCACCUACCUUACAUUUAGGAUUCAAAGAUAAGAGCCUAAAAAGUACUGAAUGUAAGCCCAUAGAAUGCGUAAGAUAUGUAAAUGUGUUGUGACUGUGAGAGCCUGGUGUUUCUGUGUGUGUGUGUCUGUGUGUGUG